CAUUGUUCCCGGUGUAAGAUAGGUGAAGCGUGCCGACCUGCGAACAGUCAUUUCGUUUGGUUUUAUUUCUGCAUAACCUUCUCAGAGUCUCCUCUCAGCUGCUCGGAGGAAGCUUUUGCAAGGCACCUCUUUUCCCCAGCGUCGGGAGCUGCUAACAAGUGCCAGGCUGGAAGUGGCUUGGGAAAGCAGGGGGGACCAGUAGGAGUUGAAGAGAAAUUAGUUGGGCUUCAAACACUUUCACUCAUCAACAUCAUUCCUCCCCCGAUUCCUGCCAAACCUCAGCUGGGGUAAUUGCACUUAAGAAUGAACAUUGAAGACAAGCUGGGAGGAUUAUUUCUUAAAUGUGGUGGCAUAGACCAGAUGCAGUCAUCCAGGGCUAUGGUAGGGAUGGGUGCAGUAUCUGACCAGUCUGGAGUAUCGAGAGAACGGCAAGAGGCAGUGCUUCAAGAUCGGACUAUGCCGCACCAAGAAAUUCUUGCAACAGAUGAAGUGUUACAGGAAAGUGAACUUCGACAGCAAGAGAUGAUUUCACAUGAUGAACUCAUGGUCCAUGAGGAGACGGUAAAAAAUGAUGAUGAAAUGGAUGCGCAAGAUAGACUUCCUCAAGGGCUGCAGUAUGCUGUUAAUGUCCCUAUCAGUGUAAAGCAAGAAAUUACCUUUACUGAUGCAUCUGAACAACAGAAACGAGACAAAAAACAAAUACGAGAGCCAGUAGAUUUGCAGAAAAAGAAGAAAAGAAAACAGCGUUCACCAGCAAAAAUCCUUACAAUAAAUGAGGAUGGAUCACUUGGUCUGAAAACCCACAAAUCUCAUGUUUGUGAGCAUUGCAAUGCUGCCUUUAGAACCAACUACCAUUUACAGAGACAUGUCUUCAUUCAUACAGGUGAAAAACCAUUUCAGUGCAGUCAGUGCGACAUGCGUUUCAUACAGAAGUACCUGCUACAGAGGCAUGAGAAGAUUCAUACUGGUGAAAAGCCAUUUCGUUGUGAUGAAUGUGGUAUGAGGUUUAUUCAGAAGUAUCACAUGGAAAGGCACAAAAGAACUCACAGUGGAGAGAAGCCUUACCAGUGUGAAUAUUGUUUGCAGUAUUUCUCCAGGACCGAUCGAGUGCUGAAACACAAACGUAUGUGCCAUGAGAACCGUGAGAAGAAACCCAACAGAAGUGCCACCAAAGUUGGCUUUUUGCCAUCGGAGGAAGAUUCUGGUUUCUCUACGCCUCUGAAAGACAGCUCCUUGCCAAAGAAGAAAAGGCAGAAAACAGAGAAAACAAAAUCUGGGGAUAAGGAAGGUACAGAUAAAUCAGAACACAAGAAGGACAAAAAUGACUAUUUGCCUUUGUACUCUUCCAGUACUAAAGUAAAAGAUGAAUAUAUGGUAGCAGAAUAUGCUGUUGAGAUGCCACAUUCUUCGGUCGGUGGAUCGCACUUAGAGGAAGCAAAUUCUGGAGAAAUACACCCACCGAAGCUCGUUCUCAAAAAGGUCAACAAGAGGAGUCUAAAGCAGCCACUUGAGCAAAGUCAAACCAUUUCACCUUUAUCUACGUAUGAAGACAGCAAGGUUUCAAAGUAUGCCUUUGAUCUUGUGGAUAAGCAAAGUUUACUGGACUCUGAGGGUAAUGCUGACAUUGAUCAAGUUGACACAUUACAGGAAGGGCCCAGUAAACCUGUACACAGCAGCACUAAUUAUGAUGAUGCAAUGCAGUUUUUAAAGAAAAAGAGGUAUCUACAAGCAGCUAGUAACAACAGUCGAGAAUAUGCCUUGAAUGUAAGUACCAUAGCAUCUCAGCCUUCAGUAACACAGGCAGCUGUGGCCAGUGUCAUUGAUGAAACUGCUACAGCCUCAAUACUAGACACACAGGCACUGAAUGUUGAAAUUAAAGGUAACCAUGACAAAAAUGUCAUUCCAGAUGAGGUACUGCAAACUCUGUUAGAUCAUUAUUCACACAAGGCUAAUGGACAGCAUGAGAUCUCUUUCAGUGUGGCUGACACGGAAGUGACCUCCAGUAUAUCCAUCAACUCCUCUGAAGUAUCUGAGGUGACCCAAUCUGAGACGGUUGGAACAAGCUCUCAAGCUUCCUCAUCAGAUAAAGCUAGUAUGUUACAAGAAUAUUCAAAGUUUUUACAACAAGCUUUGGACAGAACUAGCCAAAAUGAUGCCUAUUUGAACAACCCGAGCCUUAAUUUUGUGACUGAUAACCAGACUCUUACAACCCAGCCAGCAUUUCCUUCCAUGGAGAAGGUCUAUACAUCUAUACCCGUCAAUAGCUUUCGGUCGGGAAUGAACUCUCCAUUAAGAACAACUCCAGACAAGUCUCACUUUGGACUAAUGGUUGGUGAUUCUCAGCACCCUUUUCCCUUUUCAGGUGAUGAGGCAAAUCAUUCUUCUUCCUCCUCUACACAGGACUUCUUGGAUCAAGUAACUUCUCAGAAGAAAGCAGAGGCACAGUCUGUUCAUCAAGCAUAUCAAAUUAGCUCCUUUGAGCAGCCCUUUAGAGCUCAGUACCAUGGGGCAAGAGCUGGAAUCUCAUCUCAGUUUAGCACUGCCAAUGGACAGGUGAACCUUCGGGGACCAGGGACAAGUGCUGAUUUCCCAGAAUUUCCCUUGGUGAAUGUAAAUGAUAGCAGAGCUGGGAUGACUUCUUCACCUGAUGCCACAACGGGCCAGACUUUUGGCUAAGAAAUCUUUGUAAAUAAUACCGGCACUUUAGAACACAUUUGUCAAAAGGGGGUUGCUCUGUAUAAGAUGGAGUUCUGUACAGCUUUUAAGAGCGCUAUGUUAAAACAAAAGUAAGCUGAUAUUAGCAAGACCAGUAACUGCUUCUUUUUUUCUUUUUUCUUUUUUUUUUUUUUUUUUAAUUUUUUGGUUAGCCAUCAGUCAUUGAACUGCCUGAUGUUGGUGCCCCUAUCAAAGGCAGUUUAUUAUUCACUUGUUUGAAUCCAGAAAAUAUUUUACCUUCUAUGAAAUUUUAAAAUAAACAAAAUCCCCAGGUAAGACUUUCCCCCAUGAUUGUUUCCUUGCUGGUUUCCUUGUAUGCUUUGGGAGGACAGUUUAUUGUCUGAUACUAUUCACAUUGUCAUUUCUAAGCUUGUCAGCAUAGUCAUUGCUCUUCAGCAGGGAAUCAACGUGUACUAAACACACAGAACAAACAAGUAAGUUUCAGAAGUCAAACACGACUUUAAAAGAAAGCAUUUUCUAGAAAAAUCUUCAGUCUCUCAAAAAUGAUUUUAGACCAUGUGCCCUUUAUUUCUGCUUUGCAUUACCUUGAGUUGUGUUUGGAGGGAAAGAAAGUGAAUUCUGAUAGACUAACUCUACUAUUUAAAAGUCUAAUUAAUUUAAAAUACUUCAAACACUUUUUUAAGCAAAAUGCCUAACUGCUAAAGCCUUUACUUCAUUCCUGAAGUAAUGUGUAUUUCUUUGUACAGCUGAAUCUAGAUGUAACUUUUUAAUGACUUUUUCAUAUGCAGAAACCAAGAUUUUGAAGUUUUAGUUAAAAUACUGUGUAGACAACAUUCCCAGUUGCAAAAUGCUUACACAAACUGUGUAUUCCAAGAUUUAAAAGCUUAAUUGUACCUUACCCUACAUCCUCAUAACGAUUAACAUAGAGCACUUAGCCAACUUUAUAGUUUUUGAUUUAUCAAAAAAUAAAACCAUUUUUAGAUUUUUAGGUUUGAUACAGUUGCAUCAUUUUCAUCUCAUACAGCAGUUCCAGUAAUUCUUUUCAAUAUACUUGAGAUUGGAAUUGUCAAAAUUCUAGACAGAGAAUAAAACAGUUUUUACAGAAGCUAAAAAUACCCAAUUAUUAAAUUUAUUGAAGUAUCCCUGAAAGCUGAAGAAGUGGGCAUUCAAAUUCCCUAUUUUUUAGUAUUUGCUUAGUGAAAGUCACUACAAUUUUACCAACCCAAACUGGUGAAUGAUACUAGUGAAUGGGAUUUCUUUUUGCAGCCUAGGAGAGUGAUCAGAAGUUUUCUUUGCAUUUCACAGUAUAAACUGCAAAGUUUAUCCCUGUACCACAAAUAUGUUUUUUUGAAUAGUACUUUGUCUUGAAGUAUACAGUAUGGUACGAUAAGUAGUUCUGUGUGCAUUUUUAAGGUGGUAAGAUUUGAGUAGCCUAACUAUUGUGUAGUUUAAGUUAACAAGUUUCAGAUUUUUGAACUGUAUGUUCAUUCUAUUGCACCUUCCCUAAAGGGACACUGUCUGGUAGUUCAAGGCAGUUUAGGCCUCAUGUAGGCUGAUUAACCAGGGAAAAACACACACACACACACACACACAUAGAGGUAGGUGUGUAUAUAGUGGCUGUUUAAAUAGGAUUGCAUCCAUGCUUUUACAGCACUGUUGCCAGCUGGUAUCUCUCAGACAAAGCCAUCAGGUAGGAGAAAAGGCUGCUUUUCAAGGGGCUAAAAUAUAUCCUGUCUUUUAAGAAAGGACUCGAGCAGGACCUAGAACAGUUCCCACCUCUUACCAAAGCGGUAGCAAUAUUUUCCUGAAUUUUCAUUACCAGGAAACUGAUCCCACUUUGUCUUUUCCCUUACGGUAGCACUACUACAGCACUAACUUCACUUGGUACAGUUGAGGGAGAAAGGGCAUUUAUUAUCCCUAGCCUGCUUCUUCUAUUGGCAAGAAUACAGUUUAUAUAAACUAAUUUCUUAAUACUUUUGUAUAAGAAAGUAGGCUCUUUUGAUUUUUUGACCCUGUGUGUAAUACAGUAAGGCAUUUCAGCAUGCUAUGACUUACGAGUAAUUUUGUCUGAAUAUUUGGCCAUGACUUAAAAAGAGUGGGCAUCAAGGGAGAAAAGUAAAUUCCUUAUGGAUUAUUAAUGAUACAUGUAAAGAAAUUUCUUUGAAAGAAUAUUUUUAAACUGAUUCACGGUCUCUCUGUUUUUCUUCCUUUAUGGUCAGUUUGGUUUUUUGACUUUCCAUUUUGUGUUGCACAGAAAUAACAUAAACGGUCCCUAUAUCCCAGGAAACCACCUCUUGGAAGGCAUACUUUGUUUUCAGUGUUUCAUUUCCAUGACAUCCUAGCUUGUGGUGCCUGAAUAAUACUAUGUUGGCACUUUUGUUCCUAUGCCCUGAAGUUGCAAAGAGAUGGCGGUUAAUUGUACUAUUUGUUAAAUAUAGCAAGGAACAAAAGGAAAAAAAAAAAGGCUGGGUUAUUACUGUGUUACUGCACUGCUGUGGCCCCAUAGGGAGGUAAGAGGAAUGAAGCCUCCUUCUCCCUAAGGGGACUGACUCAGCUUUAUUUAAAAAAAGUUACUGCAUUGACACUCUGGUGUGAGAAUGUGAAUGAGGACUCAGAGGGAGUGACUCUCCCAUGCCAUCAUCACGCUUGGGAAUCACUCUGAGGGUGUGUGAGGGAGCAGGCUGCUGUACAGAGUGAAGGAACUUGCUCUUCCCCACAGCCAAAUGGGGAUUGCCAGAGGAACUGCUAUUCCUUACAUCACAGCUCAUUCCCUAGCCUGCUGCUGAGCCAUUCCAGCUGCACUCUGUGCCUUAGGACAGGCUGUGAAGUCCCGUCUAAGCCACAGGGACUGUCUUGUAGGGUUCUUCCACGUGGACAAUUAAAGCAGUGGUGUGAGUAGUUGAUCUGCUGAUGCUUGAAGCUUUCUGCACUGGAGGAGUUAGCCAAAUAUACUGCUGUGAUUUCCUGACUACAUCCCCUUUUAUUCUGGAAUAAGUGUUUAUGUAGUUCUGGGAGGUUUAGCUCUGUAAAAAGCUCUUGCUUGUUUAAUAAUGGCAUUAUUUAAUAACCUUUUUCACUGCUCACGUUUUGCUACUUUUAAUCUGCUGCAGAUGCACACUCUUCAUGUUGAUCUGGUCAUUUUUGUUAGUUUUCUGUGUAUGUCUGGAAAAAAGCAGCUUUGGUUGUCUGUUCUGUUCUUGUGCUGUCAGCAUAAGGCUGGGGUGAGCUGGAGAUUCCCCUGAGCUAACAGCAGGCAUUCUUACCGAAAGGUCAUGCAAGCACCGGAUGUGUGUGUGUGUGUAAGGUGGAAUUUUUGGGGAUAUCUACUAGUGAUAGAGCAAUGAUAAUUUUGAAAAAGAGGAAAUUAAUGACAUUUAUUACCAAGCUCUCUCUCUCUCUCUCUCUCUAUAUAUAUAUAUAUAUACACAAUACAUAUAUAUAUAUAUACAUGCACUUAUUAAUAGGCCAUAUUUUGGUCCUAAAUUACUUGACAGUGUCCCUUUUAGCAUGAAUCUUUUGAUAUGUUUUACCAUUAAUAUUACAGACAAUGAAGGAAUCAGCUUGUAAUGGUAUACUAAUAGGCAUUUACAUUUUCUUCAUUUGAUUUGAGAAUGAAUUAAUCAUAAAUGACAAGUUUUGGGGAGAAGGAUUAACCAUGUGUAUUACUGUAUGUUGGUUUACGAAUAACAACAUAAACAAUUUAAAUUGGAUGAUAAAAGAACCAUGUUUAUGAUCUUGUGUCUCCUAGUGUUGUCUUUAGGAAAAUUGUGUUUCAAGAAGAAAAUAGGACAAGAAAGUAUUCAUGUGAAAUAACACUUGUAUUAUUUUUAUAUUGUACUUGUCAGGUUUUUUUGGAUGAUGGGAGCUUUUCAUUGUUAAUUGAGAAGUACAGUAAAAUCUUGCUAAUUCGCUGACCUCUAAACAGAGCAUCUGACAGGUUUCUACAUCCCUCAUGGUCCCUUCCCACCUCUCUGCAAUGGUCUAAAAGUACUGUAGCAAGGUCUCACACAAUAAUACUGUACUACUUCACCCAAGUAUACUACAGCAUCUAUAUUAGUAUACUGGGAGGUAGAAGGAGUAUUGCAAACUAAAUUGCAGUUGUCAAAAUAAAUGAACAAAGUACAUUUUGUGAUGUGACAUCCUUGCUUUUGUUGCCUGCUUCUUCACUAUUUUCAAAAUUGUAAUUUGUAAAGGGUUUUUAAGGCAUUGCUGCGAAUUAUUUGGGUUCUACUGUAACUUUUGGAAUUUAUUCCGAAGUAUUCAUGUUCUCCUAUGAAACUUUCCACCUGAACAGAUACGUUAUAUUCCAUGCUUGAUCAGAAUAUUUUUGUAGUAUUCGUAUCAUAUGUAGUAGCUAUUUGAAAUGAACCAUAAUAUUUGGAUGAAUUCACUCUGAAUUUUGCAGCAUUGGAUUACAUUAUGUAUGUAUAUUUGCUAACUAAAUUUUCUUGGCUUUGAGAGCUUUGAUUUUCAUUCUUCUUUCUUUGCUUGUUUUAAUACCAUUACGAAUCGCAGGGAAAAUCCUCAUAGUCCUGGGAAUCCGUUUGGAAAUGUUAACAGGCAGAAAUACAUUUAUGCAGUCGGUACCAGUACACAUGUGAACUUUCAAAUUACAUGGUUGGUACUGAAGCAAAUGAAUAAUGUUACAGUUUCCUAGAGUUAACUGUUUUACUAAAAUGAAGCCUUGUAACUUUGAAAGUUCAUUGGAUUUAUGGUAAUGCAUGUUUAUGUUAGGCAUGUAAUGCAUUUAGCUGAAACUCACUUUGCAAAGGACAAGCACUAAGAAAGUAUUACUGCUAAUGAAAAGACAUGUCUUUAAUUUGAAAUUUAAACUUCUGUUCAAUUUGCAUUGUGUCAGGGAAAUAAAUUUAUAGUCGCUUUUGCUCUACUCAACAUACAAAACCUUCUGUUUCCUUUUUAAAAUUACAUCUUUUGGUAGGAAACACAAACUGAGGCAAGCAGACAUUUCUAAGAGUUGUUUCUUGCUUUCCUUAAUCCAAUGGAUGGAAAGGUAAUAUUGUGUAAACAACAUUAUUUUAUUUUUUUAUGCAAUAUCAUGCUGUAAAUAUGAUUUAUCAAAUAAGGAUGUACCUAUGAUUGAAUCUUUGAUUCUGCACAGCUAGAGUUUAUAUAUAAAUAUAAAUGUGUCUUGACAAUCAAGGACUUACGUCAGUCUUCCUUUAUGACGUUUCUUAUUGUUAUGCAUUCCAUUUGUUUGACUUGAGUAUUUGUAUUGUCUGUAAAGUAUGUAAUGUUUUUAUAGCUUGUUUAAAAACAAACAGAAAAGCCUGUAAAUAUGAACUGAUCACAGUACUGCUCUGUUAGAAGGCAUAUGAUGAUGUACUGUUUGUAAGCAAUAAUACAUGACAGUGCUAACUUGACAAGUAGCAUAAGUUCCAAAAAUACCUUUGGGAGUUAAUAGCCUUGUUUGAGUUAAUGAAUAUUCUUAAUCAUUUUUUUAAUAAAUAAAUUCAGAUGUCCUCCUGCUGGAAUAUAUAACAUUGUUUACAGAGCACAAUUUCAGUCACAGAGAGGACAGUCUUUAGAUCUAUGGCUUCAUCCACUUUGAGUGAGAAAUGAAUGGCUUGGCUGCACUUCUGCAAGAGGAGGAAGACUGCUAAGGUUGAAUAGCUGUGUCUCUAAAGGAUCAGAGAUACUAUUCUGCUUCUGUGCUGAUUCCUGCCAGUUCCUCUACAUAAAUUUGGAGUCUUUAAGUCCGGAUAUUGAACUGAUGAGACUUGGGCCACCCAUAGAAAGGAGUAGUUCUCUUCUUAUUUCAUAUGCAGAUAAACAGUGAACUUUUGAGUCACCUCUUCCUUUGUGUUGCAUAUUUUUCAAAUUAUGAGCUAUGAGAUGAUGAGAUGGGUUUAUUCUGAUAAACUAGAUGUCAAACUUAUAGUUUGAAUUGAAUAGGUAUUAGACUGUACAGAGCAGCAUAUCUAUUUGAACAGUCAUCACUGCUUUAGAACCUCUCCCCCAAUUUAUAAAUGUAUAUGACCUACAUUUUAUAGAAAAAGAAAUGUUUUUAAAUGCUAGUCAUUUAUAUAAUAUGUGCUUUGAAGGAUUUGCUAGUCCACUUCUGUCACUUUUAGUACACUGGUAUCUUUUAUAUGUAAUGUAUGCUUUUUAUUAUUAUAAUUAUUAUUAUAAUUAUUAUUAUUGUAGACAUUUCAGUAGGAGGAAUUUUGCAACAGUAUGAGGGGUUGAAAUUUUCAUUGUCAGAAAUGAAUUAUACUGGACUUUGUCUGUGUAGUCUUGUCUUUCUUUAAUACUGUCUGGAAGGGAACUUGGUAUUCAAUAAAGCAAGUGACUUCCUUUUAUUUUGAAGGCAUACUAUGUAGUGCUGAAUUGGAUCAGAAAAUGUAAUGGAUUUGAAGGCAGAGAAAUUAGUACAAAAUCUAGUGUACAGAAGAAAUUGUGUUAUGAAAAACCUGAUGAUAUAUAGUGAAACACUGUUACAGUGAAUUUCUCAUAUAGUGCUAUUCUCCUGAAGUCAGUAUGCCUUCUUUGUAUUUCAGUUAAUAAAAAAAAAAGAGAAUUUGUAUAGAUAAUUUAGGAUAAUAGGUUUAUUUCAAUCAUUAUACAGUAUUUCUUUAUCCUACAACAUCUAUUCCGUCCCUUUAUUAUCAGACAAAAGGCCGUAACCUGAAUUCCAUCAGUUGAAGUUUGUAUAUAAAGGUGAGAGAUGGUUUUAUGGGAACCUGGAAAGUAUGAAUUUGCAUAUUCCUUAUGUUUCUGACAGAAAUCAGUAUGUGAGUCUUUCAUUAUUCCUGUGAAAUGAGGAAUUUCCUGAUACCAAGGAGAGAGUGAGUGUGUGUGUGUGUGUGUGUGUGUGUGUGUGUAGGUCCGUGGAAGAUGUUUGGGUCUCAAGGCCAAAAUGAUAAAAGUAUAAAAGGAUUUAAUGUAGCUCAACACAUGACUUACAUUUAAUAUGUAAAAGAAACAUUUAAAUUUCAUAAUUCAAAAAAAGACAAAAAUAGUUUUGCAGGGAACAAAACUAUUUGGAUAGCAGGCUUGACCAAAUGAAAAUUUUUUGGUUAAACUUGAUAUAUUUUAAAUGAUUCUAUUUCUGCCUUUAUUUCUGCCCUAAAAGCAACUUAAAAUAUUUUGGGAGUUACUCUUCCUGUUCAUUUGACUGUGAGUGUAAUUUAUAUCAUGGUUUACAAAAUGUGGCAUGAAGGAUUGGAUUGUUUUAUCUGUAUAAUACAAUGAAAGUUUGCUCUUUUUUUACAUAAUCAUGGUGAAUGGUAUUGUAUUCUUAGGACUGAUUUAUUCAUUAAGUGACUUAAUGAGUUUCAUCACUUUUGACGUUAUUGUUUUCUUAUGGUUAACUUAGUCUUUUUGGGUUUAUAAUACCCUUCUAUGUAUUGUGAUACUAAGGGAAGUUAUGUUUUUGCUUUAUUUUUAAUUAAACUAAUAGUUUGAUAAUUUAUAUUUGCAAAUGAUGCAUUUUAAAUGUGGUCACUUGCUGUUUGAAAAAUAAAAAUAUAGAAUACUGUUUUAUGAA